AUGUCGGAACCAACUAACAGCAACAUUCUGGACGGCACGCAAGAAAUUACGUGGGAGGAAACGCCUAAUAAAGAAGCCGAGGAAAUUGAAGAAAUACUUCGACGAUUUUUGCACUCAUUGUGUGAUAUUUAUAAUACAAAGUCUAAAACAAAUCAUACAAUCGGUGCUAUAUGUGAUACAAUUUUCACCAAGAAUGGAAUUGAGUUGUUUGUUGAUAGUUGCACAGAGAGUAAGGCAAAAGGAAUUGAAAUAAUUGAACAAUUAUUAAUGAUGGAGCCUGCUAAUAGUUGUUGUGAAGGGAAAAUUAUUGAGGAGGAGAUUCAACAACUAAAUCACAACGACAACACUAGUACCUACAAAAAAGUACUGGCUGAAGAAAAUAGAACAUUCUUGGAUCAACAUAAUGUAAAGUUGGAUGAUAAUACUUUCAAUUUUUGUGUAAACUUUCAAAUAUGUUUCAAGAUUGAACCAACAACCAGUAAUAUUGCAGACACAACAAGGAUUUCCAGAUUUGAUGGCACUUCUUCAUCCAAUACUCGAAUAUUUUCUCUAUUCGAUCCUUUAUUAAACUAUUCUAAAUUCACAAAAGCUGGAAUAGAAAACGAGUGGACAUAUCUGACUUGCAUUAUUGAAAAUGCAUGUUUAAGUAACGAUCAGCUUUUAUUCCAAACAGACAAUAUAUUCAUACUCUGCAUGCAAGCCGAUUUACUUUCUGUUGAGAAUGUUCAAAUCGAGACUUUUGGAAUUGAGUACGCAUUGACCUCACAUGCAUUCUCGUUGAACAAAGAAGAGGAAAGAGAACAAUUUAUCGAGAAACUUACAGCUCAUUUAGAUUAUUUCAGAGCUAUUUCUCUUGUUGAAAAGGAAUACCAAUUUUUGUCAUCACCUAACACAUCAAUAAGCAAAUUGAGAAGAGGACGCUCUGUGAUGGUUUAUGAAAGUUUUUUAACAUCAGAUAAUAAUAUGAUCAAUGUUUAUCCACAACUUUCAAGUAUGAAAGAAUAUUUCAAAAAUUAUGAUUUUGAAUUCAAAAAAGAAAUUGGUAUUGAAAAACCAAUGUUUGAAAAGCAAACAACACAUUUAGCGGUUAUCCCUUAUUCGAAACUGAAUGAAUUUGAGUUGAAUUCGUACACCAAAGUAAUGGUUGUUGGUUUUGUAGCAACAACCAAUUUGCAAGGUUUUAUAUUUACUAAAAACAAAACUUCCAAAUUGCAAAAAAAGGAUUCAAAUUAUACAAAAUAUACUGCUGAUGAUGAAGAAAAAUUGACAAAGAUGAUGAAGAUUACAAAGAAAAACCAAAUACAUUCAAUAAGAGAAAUAGGAAUACCAAAGGAACAGGAUUAA